AUGUUCGGAAUCACUGAUGCUCAGGAUGGAUGGGGUGUGACUUACACUCUAAAAUCUAUCAGUGCUGAAAAGGGAUCUACAGUGAUCAUGGACUGCACUUACACAUACCCACCUGGUUACAAAGUUCAAACAGUUUUCUGGAGUAAAGAGCUGCAUGGAGAUGGUAUAGAGCCUCCUGAUCUGGCUUCAGACCCGGAGUACAGAGGAGUCGUUGAUGCUCAGUGGGUAUGGGGUGUGACUUACACUCAGAAAUCUAUUUGUGCUCUUAAGGGAUCUACAGUGAUCAUGGACUGCACUUACACAUACCCACCUGGUUACACAGUUCAAACAGUUUUCUGGAGUAAAGAGCGGCUUGGAGAAGGUAUAGAGCCUCCUGAUCUGGCUUCAGACCCGGAGUACAGAGGUAGAGUUCAGUACAUCGGAGACAAAAAUAAUAAAUGCACUCUCAAACUGACUGAUGUUACAGAAAAAGACCAAACAAUGUAUUACUUCAGAUUUUUAACUGAUAAACCUGAAGGAAAAUAUGAAAAUACAGAUGGAGUUCAGCUUCACGUUACAGAUCUUCAGGUGGGGGGUCCAGAGGAAGUAGAAGAAGGAACUGCAGUAAAUCUCACAUGUGAAACAACCUGCAGACUGACUGAUAAUCCAACAUUCACCUGGUACAGAAAUCAACAACAACUACAAACCACAACCACCUACUACCACUCCUACUACACCGAUCUUCAUCUGUGGCCAGUCAAGAUAGAGGAUGGAGAUCCUCCAAAAAACAUCUCAGUGUCCGUCAGUCCUUCAGGUGAAAUAAUGGAGGGCAGUUCAGUAAAUCUGACCUGCAGCGCUGUUUCUAACCCCCCUGUGGAGAACUACACCUGGUAUAAAGAACAAACCUAUAAAGGAAGUGGAGAAACCCUCACUGUUAGGAACAUCAGCUCUGAGGAUGGUGGAGAGUACAAGUGCAUGACCAGCUAUAAGAACCAGUUUAAAUACUCUGGUCCUGUAGCUGUAAAGGUUUUGUAUCCUCCAAAAAACGUCUCAGCGUCCAUCAGUCCUUCAGGUGAAAUAAUGGAGGGAAGUUCAGUAACUCUGACCUGCAGCAGUGAUGCUAAACCAGCCGCCUCGUAUCAGUGGUAUAAAGGAACGAGCUACAAAGAAACAGGAGAAACAUUUACAAUCCACAAGAUCAGAUCUGAUGAGAGUGGAGAAUAUAAAUGUCUGGCCAGGAAUGAACACAGAGAUCAGUACUCCACUGCUGUAAAUAUUGAUGUUCACUAUCCUCCGAGGAGCAUCUCGGUGUCUGUCGAACUUUCAGGUGAAAUAACGGAGGGCAGUUCGGUGACUCUGACCUGCAGCGCUGUUUCUAACCCCCCUGUGGAGAACUACACCUGGUAUAAAGAACAAACCUAUAAAGGAAGUGGAGAAACCCUCACUGUAAGGAACAUCAGCUCUGAGGAUGGUGGAGAGUACAAGUGCAAGUGCAGCUAUAAGAACCAGUUUAAAUACUCUGGUCCUGUAGCUGUAAAGGUUUUGUAUCCUCCUAAAAGAGUCUCGGUGUCGGUCAGUUCCUCUGCUGAACCUGAUCAGAGCGGUUUAGUGAAUCUGACCUGCAGUGCUGAUGCUGACCCCCCUGUGGAGAGCUACGUCUGGUAUAAAGAAGGUGGAAGCUCAGCUGUAGGAUCUGGACAGAGUUACGGUGCUCGGCCGGGUGAAUCCUACUACUGCCUGGCUCAGAAUAAACUCGGGGAGCAGACGGCGGCGGCGCUGUUCAUUACCAUGAACGGUGGAUAUUCCAUGACUGUCUGUAUCGCUGUAGGAGUUGGAUUGUGUUUAGUGGCAGCUGGUUUUGUUGGGUUUUUCUGCUGGAGAAGGAAGAUGCAGAUGAGACAGAAGGAUCAACGUGAUCAUAAGGAUGCUGAUGCUGAUGCUGAGACGUACGCAGCUCUCGAUCCAUCGUCCAGGUCCUCCAACGAUGAAUACGGCACUCUGAUAACCGCUCACUCCAGUCCUCCUGAUGAUACGUACGCGACUCUGGAUCCCGAGUACGAAACUCUAACAACUCGAAUCCAGUACCUCGGAGACACAAUGCACGACUGCUCCAUGAUGCUGAGGGGCAUGGUGGAGCAGGACGAGAGGGAAUACUUCUUCGUUAUUGUACUGACGUCUGAAGAGGUGCAUUAUGAGGGUGGAGUUUAUCUUUCUGUAACAAGUAAGAUCUGA